CGCGCGCGCCGCGGGAAGAUGGCGCUGGACGCGGGCGACAUGGAAGAUGGGCAGCUCUCCGACUCGGACUCCGACAUGAUGGUGGCGCCCAGCGACAGGCCGCUGCCAGUGCCGAAAGUUCUAGUUGGGGGCAGUGCCGUGAGGGGCUUCCAGAGUACCACAGCAGCAUGUGCACCUGCGUCACAUUACCGGACUGUUAAAAGUGUGGAUUCAAGUGAAGAGAGCUUUUCUGAUUCAGAUGAUGAGAGCUCUCUUUGGAAGCGCAAGCGACAGAAGUGUUUGAACCUGCCUCCCAAGCCAGAGCCUUUCCAGUUUGACCAGAGUAGUCAGAAGCCCCCCGCCGCCGGAGGAAAGAAGGUUAACAACAUCUGGGGCGCCGUGCUGCAGGAGCAGAACCAGGACGCCGUGGCCACUGAACUGGGGAUCCUGGGAAUGGAGGGCACGAUUGACAGGAGCAGGCAAUCGGAGACCUACAAUUACCUGCUUGCGAAGAAGCUCAGGAGGGAAUCUCAGGAGCACUCAAAAGAUUUAGACAAAGAGCUGGACGACAGCAUGCAUGGUGGCAAGAAGGCGGGAUCAAAGGAAGAGGAAAACGGGCAGGGGCAUCUCAAGCGGAAACGGCCUGUCAGAGACAGAGUAGGCAGCAGACUGGAGAUGAACUAUAAAGGCCGAUACGAGAUCACAGAGGAGGAUUCUCAGGAGAAGGUGGCCGAUGAAAUUGCUUACAGGUUACAGGAACCAAAGAAAGAUCUGAUAGCCCGAGUAGUGCGGAUAAUUGGAAACAAAAAGGCGAUUGAACUGCUGAUGGAAACUGCUGAAGUUGAACAAAAUGGUGGCCUCUUUAUAGUGAAUGGGAGUCGAAGGAGGACACCAGGUGGAGUUUUUCUGAACCUCCUGAAGAAUACUCCAAGUAUCAGCGAGGAGCAAAUUAAGGACAUUUUCUACAUUGAAAAUCAAAAGGAAUAUGAAAAUAAAAAAGCUGCUAGGAAAAGGAGAACGCAGAUACUGGGGAAGAAGAUGAAACAGGCCAUCAAAAGUCUCAAUUUCCAGGAGGAAGAUGAUACAUCACGAGAAACUUUCGCAAGUGACACAAAUGAGGCGCUGGCCUCCCUUGACGAGUCCCAGGAAGGACACGGAGAAGCCAAGCUGGACGCAGAGGAAGCCAUCGAGGUUGACCACUCUCACGACCUGGACAUCUUUUAAGUACAUUUUGGACGUUUUGGGGAUUAAGCCUUUCUAAGUAUCAUUGUAAUCAUUUCUACUGAGAUUGCUCUGUUGUACUUUGCACUGAUGAACAUGAGAAGACAGAAGUGUUUCUUGUUUUAAAUAAAAAAUAAAUGAGGGGAGACAGAAGCGAUUGACAGUAACAUUACAAAUGGCUCGUGCCUGACAGAACUUUAUAUAGCACAAGAUCUAAUCUCUCUGUUGCAUGUGCUAACUACCAUGAGUAGUACUCAUUGAUAUCGGUCGGGGCGAGGUCGUUAUAACAUGCCAUUCUAAUGUUUGUUUUCUUUUUCUGAUUACUCUUUCUGGUGAAUUAUGCUUUGAUUUUAACAUUCCAUUAAAAAUGCAGAUGGGGUAAACACAUUGGUAAGCUGUUCCUAAUACAUUCAAAAAAAAUUUUUUUUUUUGUUUUCUAAGAACUCUUAGGCAGUUUGAAGAAUAGAGACUAAAACUAGGUUUAGACUGAUGGUUCCACUCACAUAUUUGCUUAUCCAGAAGUAAAUAAAUGUCAGAAACUUUUCAAAGAAGCAUUGGCUCUUAGCUUUGUUUUUGACUUCUUACUAAUUACCAAUGUGAUUCAUACCUGUGUAUUACUAUGGAUAUUUUUAAAUUUCCCACUGGUGGCCUGCCUAAGUCUUAGCUUGUGUUCAGGAACGUAGGUAUUUAAAAUGUCACAUCUGCAUGAAGUUUUAAAUUUUCAAUUUUAUUUUAAAAAGUAAAGAUAGUUUACAUAGUAUGUUCCAAGAGGUAGCUAGUUUAUAAAGUAUCUCAAACAAAAAUAUGUAUAAUAUAUGCAGCAAAAAUGUAUAUAAUUCAGCAGUUAUAGACUGUUCUUUAUAGAGCGUGUACUUGAAGUUUUUCAGUAGUUCCUGAAAAUUUGGUCAUGGAAGUUGAAUGUAAGGGAAAUAUGCUUAUUGGUUGCUUUUUAUUUAUACAGAAUGGAAAAAUAAAGUGGGUUUUUGA